AUGUACGCGCUAGCAAUACCUCUAAUGCUCUUUGGCACAGGUGCAGAUGUUCAAGACUCGUAUUCCUUGGUUAUGAAGGGUCAGGACAUCAACUUAUUCUAUAAAUAUGGCCAACUCCCGGUUAUAACUCUUGUCAUAGUGUUUUGUUAUGUAAAACUCAACCGCGAAUUCUCUAAGAUCACUACAUCCGAGAAGACUAGGAAGUUGCAACAGAAGUUGUCAACAAGUGUCAUGUUGCAAAUAGUUAUUCUUGGAAUUGUUUCUUUUAUUGUUAAUUUUAUACCAUGGCUAUUCAAGAAGUACGGGGACCCGUCUUACUACAAUCAGCACAUUGUGAUGUAUAUUAUUGUGUCUUUGGUGAUUACUGAGUGGUACCUGCUGAUAUCUGCAAUUCUUAUAGCAUGGUCGAUCACUGGAUUUUUUCAUAACUAA